UGUCAUCUAAGAUUGAUCUGAGCCGUCAGAUCUAGUUAAUAAUCAUCAUCCCCAACCUAAAACCCUAAAUCCCCAAAUUAAUCCUGAUUCCACCAUUUAUCCAACUCUCUAAGCUGAGGUUACCGUCUCAAUCUCAGAGGAGCCAUGGUUAAGCAUAACAAUGUUAUCCCAAAUGGGCACUUUAAGAAGCAUUGGCAGAACUAUGUCAAGACAUGGUUCAACCAACCCGCCCGCAAAACAAGAAGACGGAAUGCUAGGCAAGCGAAGGCUGUUAAAGUUUUCCCGAGGCCUGCUGGAAAACUUCGUCCCCAGGUUCACGGACAAACCUUGAAAUACAACAUGAAACUUAGAGAGGGUCGUGGAUUCUCUCUUGAAGAGUUGAAAGCUGCGGGUAUUCCAAAGAAACUUGCUCCAACCAUUGGAAUAGCUGUGGACCAUAGGCGCAGGAAUCGGUCAUUAGAAGGCUUGCAAGCCAAUGUUCAGAGGCUUAAAACCUUCAAGGCUAAGUUAGUUAUCUUCCCAAGACGCGCAAGGAAAACCAAGGCGGGUGACUCUACACCAGAGGAGCUUGCUACUGCUACUCAGGUUCAAGGUCCGGUAUUGCCCAUCAUCAGGGAGAAGCCAGCUGUUGAACUUGUGAAGGUUACCGAAGAGAUGAAGUCAUUUAAUGCAUACGCAAAACUACGUGUCGAGAGAACAAACAAACGCCAUUUGGGUGCGAGGCUGAAGAGAGCGGCAGAGGCCGAGAAAGAAGAAAAGAAAUAGGUAACGACUAAGGAGUUUUAGCUGCAUGGUUUUAAGGUUUUAGAUGUUAUCACCUCUUGGGAUGUUUUCAUUCACCAAACAUUUUUUUCGACAUGAGGAAAAGUUACAAUUAAUUUUUUAAUAGCACAUAACUAUAUGCAAGUAAUUACUUGUUACUAAGAUUUA